AUGGUUCGUGGGAGAGAUGCAUGCUGGGAACACUGUGUUCUUGUGGAUGCAACUAAACAGAAGGUCAGGUGCAAUUACUGUCAAAGGGAGUUCAGUGGUGGCGUUUAUCGGAUGAAGUUUCAUUUGGCACAGAUUAAGAACAAGGAUGUUGUCCCAUGCACUGAAGUACCCAUGGAUGUUCGGGACCGUAUAAAGCUUAUACUUAGCACCCCAAAGAAACAGAAGACUCCCAAGAGGCAGAAGGAGGAGGAUCAAGCUUUAAAUUGUCAGCAGCAUAGUUCUUCAGGAAGUGGCGGUGUUCACCCUAACCAUGGUUCUAGUGAAGAAAAUGGAAGCACUAGCCCUUCUAUGUUAGUUCGACAUCAUUUGCCAAGUGAAAAUAUGCCUGUCGAUGAAGUUCAACACCAAAAGCGAUAUCACGCUGACAGAAAGAUCGCCGCAUUUUUCUUUCAGAACUCUAUUCCUUUCAGUGCUGCUAAAUCAACAUACUAUCAGGACAUGGUGGAUGCUGUUGGAGAAUGUGGAGUGGGUUACAAAGCACCAAGUUCUGAGAGAUUAAGGUCUAGUCUCUUGGAAAGCGUGAAGGCUGAUAUACAUGAACAGUAUAACAAGGUAAGAAAUGAGUGGAAGGAAACAGGUUGCACAGUCCUAUGUAAUAGUUGGUCCGAUGACAGGAACAAAACAAUUCUGGCUUUUUCUGUUACAUGUCCCAAAGGAACAUUCUUUCUGCGGUCUGUAGAUAUACCAAAUUGUGCAGAAGAUCCUACUUAUUUGUUUACAGUCAUUGAAGGUGUUAUCCUGGAAGUUGGUGUUGAAAACAUUGUUCAAGUAAUAACUGAGAGCACCAAGUGCUUUGUAUACGUUGGCAGGCUUCUAAUGGAAAAGUAUUCUUCAUUAUUCUGGUCUCCAUGUGCAUCACAUUGUAUCAACAAAAUGCUGGAGGAUUUUAGUCAGCUAGAUUGGGUGCACAGAGUCUUGGAAGAAGCCAAUACUAUCACACGAUAUAUCUACGGUAAUGACUGGAUUCUUGCCAUGAUGAGAAAGUUCACAUGUGGAGGGGAACUAAUUAGGCCAAAAGUUCCUGGAUUUGUUUCUCAUUUCCUUUCUUUAAGGUCCAUUGUGACGCAAGAGGUUAACUUAAAACGAAUGUUCUCUCAUCCAGAGUGGUUAUCAUCUAUCCAUAAUCGAGGUUCUGAAGUUCAAGCGAUUGUUUCCCUGUUGUAUCUAGAUAGAUUUUGGAACUCUGCUCGUGAAGCUGUUAGUGUUACGGAACCACUAAUUAAGAUCCUUAGAAUUGUGGAUGGGGACAUGCCUGCAAUUGGUUACAUAUACGAAGGAAUGGUCAGGGCAAAGCUUAAUAUUAAGGCAUAUUAUAGAAAUUCUGAAGAGAAGUAUGAGAAAAUUUUGGAACUAAUUGACAAUAGGUGGUACGCUCAACUUCUCUCCCCAUUACUUACAGCAUCUGCAUUCCUUAACCCUUCCAUUUUCUACAAUCCAAGCUUCAAGAUGGACUCAAGGAUGAGGAAUGGUUUUCAAGAAGCCAUGAUGAAAAUGGCUAGAGAGGACCAAGAUAAAGUGGAUAUCACUGUAGAACAUCCCGUAUACAUAAAUGCACAAGGCUCUCUAGGGACUGAAUUUUCCAUAAAGGGUAGAACAUUAAAUUCUCCAGAUGAUUGGUGGGCUGCAUAUGGUUACGAAAUCCCAACAUUACAGAGAGCUGCAAUACAAAUUCUAAGCCAACCUUGUAGCUCCCACUGGUGCAGAUGGAACUGGAUUACUUUUCGAAACAUGCACGACAGGAGAUGUCUAAGAGGAGAGCCUGAUAAGUUGAAUGAUUUAGUUUAUGUGCAUUGCAAUCUAUGGUUACAAGCAAUUGAUAGAAGCAGAGAUGGUAGAAAUAGGCCAAUCAAUUUUGAGGGGAUCGAUUUGAGUGCUGAAUGGCCUACAGAAUCUGAAGCUUCCUUGCCUCUUACUGAUGAUGCAUUGUUUAGUUCUCUUCCCCCUUUGUAG